AUGGCGCGCGUCCUCCCGCUCAGCAUCGAGGCGGGGGAGAUGGCCAGAGGCGAAGAGGCAGUGGCAGGCAUGCCAAGGUCUUCAGCUGGGGCGUCAUGCACAACAGUUGACCAUUCUGAGCAGAACACAAAGGAUGACGAAUAUGCGAGGCUGGUUACACGGACUCAACAUGCAACAUCUGAUGUUGGCACGGCAAUUUUAUCUGAGCAACCAAAGUCAAGAUCUUUCAUUUGGUGGAUGAAAGUUCUGCUUGGCUGCUUCCUUCUUAUAUUAGUGGGUUAUGUCUUCGUGAAAUGGGGAGUCCCCUUUGCCUUCGAGAAGGUUCUCUUGCCAAUCAUGCAAUGGGAAGCAAGUGCUUUUGGGCGUCCAGUAUUAGCUGUUGUUCUCGUUGCAUCUUUGGCUCUCUUUCCAGUUAUUCUAGUCCCUUCUGGACCUUCUAUGUGGUUAGCAGGAAUGAUCUUUGGAUAUGGUUGGGGUUUCUUGAUUAUAAUGGUCGGGACUACUAUUGGCAUGGUGGUACCGUAUUGGAUUGGCUCAUUAUUCCGUGAACGUCUGCAUGUAUGGUUAACAAAAUGGCCUCAGCAGAUAGCAUUAAUAAAACUUAUGGAAAUUAAGUUCAACCCUUAUCUGUGUGGUUCUGUUGCUGGAAUGGUACCUGAGGCCUUCAUCUAUAUCUACAGUGGGCGUUUAAUACGUACAUUGGCUGACAUGAAGUACGGCAACUAUAAAAUGACACCAGUGGAAAUAGCAUACAACGCCAUUUCCUUCGUCAUCGCUAUCGUCCUCACAGUCAGCUUCACGGUGUACGCCAAGAGAGCUCUGAAUGACAUAAAAAGUUCGGACGGUAUCAGCAAGGAAGAAGAUCAUGGCCCAAAUGGCUCAGGGGCACGUAUGAGUCAUCGUCAGGAGCGUGCCGAUGUACGUUCCAUAGAACUAGAUGUUGCGAGCGAGUUGGGGAGCACACGGCCGUGGAGCUUUACAGCAUUUGGGCUGGACAGUAAGCGGUUGCCUAGGCCGCGCAGUCCUCUGGGCCAGUGUCCAUCAUCAGUGCGUCUGGCUGUGGCCUGCAGGAAAUGGAAAUCCACGGCGUAG